GUUUCAGACCCAGAGUGGCGCUGGAUGGAAGCGGGUUCUGUGUUCACUCUGCCAUUCCCGGACCCGAGUGCCACUACUUGCAACCCAUCUACUUACUGAUGGUUCAUGUCCUCCUCAUCCUGUGUUUCACAGUUCAUCUAUAAACUCCUCACUCGACUACAGGUCUCAGAACUUGUAAUUCCUUCAUCUCUAAUGUCAGAAUUGUAGUUUGUAGAACAGCCUUCCCACUUCCAACCCAUCUGCAUCUCCUUGGAAAGUUCCCAUAACAACAGCGGCGGCUGUGAGGACAGGUUAGAACACAAGGCCUGGUGCAUCCCUCCAUAGGGGUCCUUGAAGCCAUUCGGGAGCCAGAGCAUCACAACCUCUAGCCGUGAGAACCCCUGAGCUACGGCAUGCGGUGUGAGUUAUUCUGUCUUCAAUGCCAUUGUCAUCUGCCUCUGCGAACAGGGCUGAGGCAAUGGGAAGAGAAGACAAAACACCUGAUCCAGACAUGAGAGUGUUGGUCACGAGUGACUGUCCUCCCCUUUCUCAUUGUGGACACGAUGUCUUCCCUUCUGUGCUCAUCACCUGAAGAAGUGACCAGAGGGCUGUGAGCAUCCUUCUAGCCUCAGCUGCUGGAGCCAAAGAAGACGAGAUGUGGAAGUCUGUAGUGGGGCAUGAUGUGUCUGUUUCCGUGGAGACCCAAGGUGAUGACUGGGAUACAGACCCUGACUUUGUGAAUGACAUCUCCGAGAAGGAGCAGCGGUGGGGAGCCAAGACCAUCGAGGGCUCUGGACAGACAGAGCACAUCAACAUCCACCAGCUGAGGAACAAAGUGUCCGAGGAACAUGACAUUCUCAAGAAGAAGGAAUUGGAGUCGGGGCCUAAAGCAUCCCAUGGCUAUGGAGGCCGGUUUGGAGUGGAAAGGGACCGGAUGGACAAGAGUGCUGUGGGCCACGAAUAUGUCGCUGAUGUGGAGAAACACUCUUCUCAGACUGAUGCUGCCAGAGGCUUUGGGGGCAAAUAUGGAGUUGAAAGGGACCGGGCAGACAAGUCAGCAGUGGGCUUUGAUUACAAAGGAGAAGUGGAGAAGCACGCAUCUCAGAAAGAUUACUCUCAUGGCUUUGGUGGCCGCUAUGGAGUAGAGAAGGAUAAACGGGACAAAGCAGCUCUAGGAUAUGACUACAAGGGAGAGACGGAGAAGCACGAGUCUCAGCGAGACUAUGCCAAGGGCUUUGGUGGCCAAUAUGGAAUCCAGAAGGACCGAGUGGAUAAGAGUGCCGUUGGCUUCAAUGAAAUGGAGGCCCCGACCACAGCUUAUAAGAAGACCACCCCCAUAGAAGCCGCGUCCAGUGGUGCCCGUGGGCUGAAAGCAAAAUUUGAGUCCAUGGCUGAGGAGAAGAGGAAGCGAGAGGAAGAAGAGAAGGCGCAGCAGAUGGCCAGGCAGCAACAGGAGCGAAAGGCUGUGGGGAAGAUGAGCCGCCAAGCGCAGCAGCCACCGAGGCCUGUGGAAGAGCCAGCAGUGCCAGCCCCAGUGCCAGCCCCAGUGCCGGCCCCAGUGCCCAAGAAGAUCUCCUCAGAGGUCUGGCCUCCAGCAGAGAGUCACCCACCCCCAGAACCUGAACCCAUGAGAAGCAUAAAAGAACACCCCGUUCCCUCUCUGCCCAGGAUGCAGACUCCACCACAGAAUCCCCUGGAGGACGAGGAGCCCCCAGCCCUGCCGCCUAGGACUCCCGAAGGCCUCCAGGUGGUGGAAGAGCCAGUGUAUGAAGCGGAGCCUCAGCAGGAGCCCGAGAACGACUAUGAGGACGUUGGGGAGCUUGAUCCGCGGGAGGAGGAAGAGGGAGACUAUGAGGAUGUGCUGGAGCCCGAGAUCACCCCUUCUCUGUCCUACCAGGCUGGAUCAUCUGCCGAGGCUGGUGGUACAGGGACCUCUGCUGUAGCCCUGUAUGAUUACCAAGGAGAGGGAAGCGAUGAGCUCUCCUUCGAUCCAGAUGACAUCAUCACUGACAUUGAGAUGGUGGAUGAAGGCUGGUGGCGGGGCCGUUGCCAUGGCUACUUUGGACUCUUUCCUGCAAACUAUGUCAAGCUCCUCUAGUGAGCAGCCCAAUUGUCUUUUGUUACUCCAAUUCCCUAGGUUCAAAACGGCUCUGCCUCCUCCUACCCACUCCACAGGACUGCUGAAAAGGACCUAAUAGCAUGCCAUGGAGCACCUGGGUUCAGACAGACCUCCCUCUCCUGCUUUAUUAAGAGCUUUAGGUAGAGGCAGCACAAGGCAGGGGCCUUCCCUCUGCAUCCACUCUUCCCUGGAAUAACUCAUAGCAUCAUCUGUGGUCCUGCCUCCUUCCCAACACCCCCCUCUGCUCUCCUCCCUCUUGAGUGCUGGCAUUCCCCUGUAUGCUAGCCAUCAGGGAAGCUCUUGCUAGGCAGCGUGAUUUUGCCUGGUUGUGCUUUUUUGCUCAUUUUUCUUCCCAUAAGAUAGAAAUUGGAACUGUCUUUUCUGUUUAGACAUAAAACUGAGAAUAAAGCGAGACUGUGGCUUUGAACACUU